AUGAAGGACAAUAAAGCACCGAAGACAAAAGUUAUACGCACACCAGGAUCGCAAGUGGAACGUGUGGCCCAGGCGUGUGAUAGAUGCCGUCUAAAGAAGACCAGAUGUGAUGGUAAAAGGCCUCAGUGCUCGCAGUGCGCUGCUGUUGGGUUUGAGUGUAAAGUGUCGGAUAGACUAUCCAGGCGUGCGUUCCCAAGAGGGUAUACCGAGACGUUAGAGGAGAGGGUUCGAGAACUAGAGGCUGAGAACAAGAAGCUACUGGCACUGUUAGAUCAAAAGGAUGAACAGAUGGAUCUGCUGUCGAAAGUGGACUCAACAAGACAGCCACUAAGCUCAUCGAAUUUGAAGCUGCUGAAUACGUCUCAUAGUACACGAGGCGAUGACUCGCGCAUCGUUGGAGACUCCACCAAUUACAUCGACAAUAACAUCGACGAAGGACAUGUACAUACAGGGCCUGGCUGUUGCUCAAACUAUCCACACUCUGUCCACGAAAGACCGGUAUCUAUUGCUGGCUCAGUGGAUUUGGAAAAUGGCGAUUUCACAGAUGAUGAUUCUAUGUCAUAUGCUGGAAGCGUUUCGGACAUUGACCACGUUUGCAACCCGAAUAGUGUUUCAUUCGAACAGAGUCAAGCACCAGGACUGAAUGCUGCUUUGGCGAUUGCUAGAAUGAAUAACGGUGGCGGCAAAAGGUUACAAUUGGCAAAUUUGGUUGCAAUGUCCGUUCCAAGAAGCACAGAAGAGACUUUAUUCAUUCCAAGCUUAUUAUCCAAAAUUGGUGAAGUUCAUGGAUUUGACAGUAAAGCCUGUCUUUCAACGGCAAGCACAAUGGCUGCGUUGAAGGAGAUUCCAAAAGUUUCCAAGUCAGUCCAGCUGAAACAGAACAAUGUUAUAAAUUUCACAAACAUUAACUUCAAGAACAUCUCUUCAGCCGAGUCAAAUUUGUUCUUCAACAACUUGAAACUGCCAUCAAGUGUACAAAUUGACCAACUCAUCACCGUUUUCUUCCAAGAAUGGGGGACAAUUGCACCAAUCAUUGAUAAGAAUGACUUCUUGCAACACUAUGUUCAAUUCUCGAGGUCGUUGGAGAACAAGUUUAUCGAUAAUACAAUGCUACACAAGGAAAGAUUUGGUGCUAUAUUGAUCAUCGUCAUUCAAUUAGCAUUGUUCUCGCAGAAAAAUCAAGAUGGACCACACUGUGACCGUGAUUUGAUUCUAUUUUAUGACUACUUGAUUCAUCAGUUGAUCAAUUCUAAUAUCGCAACAACAUGCUCUAUCCAAUCUUUACAAAUACUUUCCUUGGCUCUGUUGUACUGCUUGAACACAGGUGAUGUGAUCACAUCAUAUGCUUUAAGAGGGCGUGUGAUAACAAUGGCCCAACAGUUGAGAUUGCACAGAUGUCCUUCUGCUGUUCUGGGAAAUACAGGUUCAGCAGUGUCAAAGUUCCAACAAAGUGAACGUCGUAUUUUAUUUUGGUGCAUCUAUACUUUAGAUGCAUUUGCAUCUUUACAACUCGGUGUUCCUAGAUUAUUGAAAGAUUACGAAAUUGAAUGCGCAUUGCCAUUUGCUAAUGAUAAUCUAGAUGAUGACAAUAAUGUGAACAUCCUUGUGGUUAACAAUAACAAAGUGAGUCUUGUUGGUAAAGUUUGCAAUUUGUCUUUGGCAAUUAUGAGAUACUCUAAAGUUUUGGGAAAUAUAUUGGACUUCAUCUUCAAGAGACAUUCCAAAUCGAGCGGAAGUGGGUUGCUACAUGAACAGACUCUUAUUCAUGAAGGUUUGUUGGAUUCAUGGAGACGCGAUUUACCACCUAACUUGAAGUUCAAUCUUGACGUGAAUGGAAUGCUGAAGGACACACAAUUAUCACAGCAAGAUUCUAAAGUGUCGUUAUUGGUUUUGCUUUAUUAUAACGCCAAAAUGCUGAUCCACCUUCCUAUACUGGCAUCGGAAGUGAAUGGCUCUCGUGGAAGUGCAUCGUAUAUCGUUGUUCAGCAGUGUACCAUGGCAAUGUUGAAUAUUCUAUCCAACUUUUAUACAAAGAAGAUGUAUUAUUUGCCGGUGCCAAUAAACAUCACCAGAACAAAGACACGCUUGGCUGUCCUAAGUGCAAAAGGUGCACUAGAGUAUACCCGUGGAGGUGCUUUAUUCCAGGAAUCGAAGAGUGUUCUACAGGACAUUGUUAAUGAAUUGAAGGAUGAAAAUGUAAAUGAAAUACCAGGAAAUUUGUCAAAGAAUUGUGUCAACUUGUUGGAGAAUGCCGUUGAAGCAAUUUUGGCAUCAAAGAGUGAAAACACUAGACAACGUAAUGGAUCUAUCAGUGAGAAGAAGACCAAAGUUAAAGCUGAAAAGGCAACAACACCAAUACCGACUCAACGUAAUAACAGUGGAUGUACCAAUCCGUCGCCAUUGCACAAUUCGCAAGACUUCAAUAUUGAUGUUGAUGAUAAUUCAAUCUCUCAGAUGCUAUCACAACUGGAGUCGGUACCUCCCAUUGUCUCAGAGAGCUACGCAUCAUCCGUUACUAGUCACAGAAUACCAGUCUCCAUGCAAAAUAACGGCAACAACAAUGCAUCUAAUGGCAGUGCGUUCGGCACGCCUCUAGGGCAGUCACAUUUCGAUUACUCCAUGAAUAAAGUGGCACCAUCUGUCGUAUCCGAUGUCAGCACUGAUGACCAUAUGGAGUUAGAUUUCGCUGCAGAUGGUUCCUUGGGUUUAGCUCCGUGGUUAGACUUUGACCUUCCUAUAGAGUUUGGUGCUGGUUCCACAACUACAUCUACAAGCAAUUUGGCAGCUGGUGGCUAUACUUCCUAUAACAAUUAUGCUGCUGCCGAUGUUAAAGCUGAACCGCAAACCCACAGCAAGAAGGGUAGUGCAACUCUAUUUGAUUGGCAAAACAGUAUUGUGGCUUGGAGACUGAGCUUCCGCCUAAAUGCUGUCACAUCAUGGAAUCAUGGAGAAGUGGAUCAUUGUAAGUUGAAAUCUGAUCCCUCAUGGUGGUUGAGAGUACCGUCUACGAAGCAAGAUAUGAUGCUCAAUAUGAACGAGGUGCCUGAAGUAUUUGGAUCCAGUGUGGACAUUAGUGGACAUUCUAUCUUCGCAUUUACAGUUGCUGUAUGA